CUGGAUUUGAAGAUAUCUCUCCACCCAUAACGAUGCCACUCAUUAGAGCAAAUGGCAGCUUUCCCCAUCUGUACGUACCAGUGCGAAGACUUCCAAUUGGCAUUCGAUUCAGCCCAACAGAUGAAGAAUUGAUCACUCACUAUUUAGCCAGAAAACAUUCAGGACAGCCGCUCCCAACGAAUUUGAUAUUAGAAGAUGAUCUCUACAGCCUUGAUCCUUGGGAACUGCCAGAUGUAAACCCGAGUUUAUACAAAGAAAAUGAAUGGUAUUUUUUUGCAAUUACAAGAAGGUUGCCAAAUGAGUGUUUAACAGCAACAGGGCACUGGACCUACAUAUCACAGGAGAAAGAGAUCUUUGAUAGAAGGGGUACAUAUCUUGGUUCGAGAUUCACAAUGUUAUUCGUCGUGGACAAUGCGAUAAGGGAGAGAUUCACUGAGUGGCGGUUAGAUGAAUAUCAUUUACCAUAUGAGACCAAAGAGGUGGGAGAGGACGUGACGCAAACUUUGCCACCCCCUAUGUUGGUGGUCUGUAGGAUUUACAAAGAUGAGGAUGCUUGCACUCAUUCAGAUAACGAAUCAGAAGUACCCUUAGCAGAUUCAGAUGGAGAGGAUUCAGAUCCAGGCACAGACUCUGAGGUUGAUGAUUAGGCUGCAUAGCAGUUGUGGUUUCAAUAAAUGAUUAGAAAGAAACUUUUUUAGUUCGUUACCGUUGUCUAAUAUGAAGCACAUGUGCUUCAUAUUGCCGCACAAACAUUUUUAAUCUCAUCUCUCUCCUCUCCUGGUAUGAAUGUCGGUUUUAUAUCAGCCAGCAGUACAAUAAGUAACUGUUACGAUACUUCAAUUUGA